CUCUCUCUCUCUCACACACACACACACACACACUCUCUCUCUCUCUCUCACACACACACACACACACACACUCUCUCUCUCUCACACACACACACAUUUAUUUAUUCAUCUCAGUUAAACAUGGCGUCCCUGUGUCCUCGGUGUGAGAAGACGGUGUAUUUCGCGGAGAAAGUGAGCUCUCUGGGAAAAGACUGGCACAAAUUCUGUCUAAAGUGUGAACGCUGCAACAAAACACUAAAUCCUGGAGGACAUGCUGAGCAUGAUGGGAAACCGUACUGUCAUAAACCCUGCUAUGCUACACUGUAUGGACCCAAAGGAGUGAAUAUUGGUGGUGCUGGAUCCUAUGUGUAUGAGCCGCCGGUGGCUGAGGGACAGACCUGCACACCACCGACAGCUGAGGAGAGGAAAACUACAGCGCCCCCUAGAGGACCAGUGAAGGCUGCCAGUUUCUCCUCGUUCACCGGGAAGCCGAAUGUUUGUCCCCGCUGCGACAAAACCGUCUACUUCGCGGAGAAGGUGAUGUCGCUGGGUAAGGACUGGCACAGGCCGUGUCUACGUUGUGAGAGAUGCAGUAAGACGCUCGCUCCGGGAGGUCACGCCGAGCAUGACGGCCAGCCGUACUGCCAUAAACCCUGCUACGCUGUCCUGUUCGGACCUAAAGGUGUCAACACUGGAGGGAUGGGAAGCUAUAUCUAUGAAGAACCAAACGCUGAGCCUCAGCCAUGAAUCCACACACACACACACACACACACACACACCAGUGGCGGCUGGUGAAAAUUGUUCCUGGUGGGGCUGAUGUGACAAAAUAUUUCUUUGCUUAGUCCAAUAUAAGAAUUAAAAUCAACAGUCAGACGAUGAUUACAAUUAACAGUAAUGAUUUAAUCUCCUCCUCAAAAUCACCAGUUUCACAGAUAAAGUAAAUGAACAAAUUUCCAUUGUAUAAUACGCCAUGUAUUCUUAAGAGAGUAUCAAAUACAAUAAUCAACAUCAAAGGGUAUGAUCAGCUGGAUCACCUUUCAAGCAAAGUUGCAUCUCAAAGUGGUUCACACAAAGAAAAACAGUUUUAAAAAUGCAAUUUAACACAACAGUCUAAAACGGGUAUAUUAAUAAGGAUCUCACCGAAUUUGGUGGAUACUGCUCUUCGCUCGUUAAGUUCGCCAUCAUUACUCUGAUUGGCCGCGCCUCAAAAGAAAAAAAAACUUAAAUCUCGCGGUAUUUUUUUGCGGCUUGGGGCAGAAUUUCCAGCGCCCCAAGACCAUAAAAUUCUGAGAACCUUGAUUGGCCGCAUAUUUAUUAAUUUACCCUAACAACAGCUACAUGACUGGCUAUUUGGCUGCACUCAGGGGCGCUUUUUCUCAGCGCCCCAUGACAGAAACGAUACAAGUCUGUCUGUGGAAAUUCACUGUUGAAUGAAUGUCACUAGGUGGGAAAUGUUGUAUAUGUUAUUCAUAUCGCAUGUAGGCACAUACUGGUGGGUAAACCGAAUUUAAAAACUUAAUUUGUAAAAAUAUAUUUUACAGUUUUAGCCCCUCUUAUCAGGGAGGGCGGUGCCCCAGCGCCCCCUAUGGGCCGGCCGCCACUGACACACACACACACACACACACUUUAUACUUUUAUAUAAAUACAGUAUAUAUGAGGUCUGUCCGGAACAUACCCAGCAGUGUAAUAUGAGAAACAGAGACAUUAGUUGUUCUCCUCUGAGUCUCAGCCACAGUCUGACAUCUUCACUUUAAAGGUGAUAUUAGUUUUGUGAGAAGCCAGAAGCUGCGGGUUGCCAGAUUUGAGCUGUAGAGGGUCUGAGUCACCUGGAUGAUUUGAUGUUGAGACGUGACACAUGAUCGCAGUGCGUUGUCGUGAUCAUUACUCUUCUGACUUUUUAAAGUUCACGCUCCUCUCCUAACAGCUCGACUUUUUCAGACAGACCUCAUAUACGUGGUGUAGUGUUCAGGUGAAUUAAACACUGAUGUCAGUAUUAUUAUGAUCGUUAUUUGAUUGUUUUUAUUUAUUAAUUGUGAUUUAUUUAUAAGCACUGUAUUUAUUUUACAUUGAAGUUUAUUAAGCUAAAAUGUACCUGAGGCCCUCCAGUGAUGGUAUCCUCCACCUCCACGCUGGGUUCUUCUCCAUCACAUACUCCUGGUCCGUGAGCUAACGUUAGCACUGAUGUGUGUUUAAAUGCUGCACAUGUCAUUGAGUUCGAUGUGUAAUAAGUAAAAUCCUCGUAUCAGUUUGUUGAGGUAAAACAACUUAUAAUUUUGGUCUUGAAGCAAAUAGUUAUUAAAAACAAAACCCAUACAUCUAACUCCGCCCCCUCACCCGCCCCUGAUCACCACGCCCUCUUUGUGUUUCAUAAGUGUCAGGUUAUGUCUCACAUGAUUUUACACACCAUUUAAAGAUAUUUCUACACGGUCCAGAUCCAGAACGUUAGGGUUGUACAGAUUGGCAGGAAGUUAAAGGAUUAUCAGAACACAGAAACGCUGUUUGUUGGAGUAACCCUCAGUGUAAGAGGCUAAUCAUUUCAUCAAUACAUAAGUUGGAGAACAUCUGAGGAACAUGAUGAGGAACAUAAAGGAACCCAGCAACUGGGACUUCAUGAAGAAAUAGACACCUUAUGAGUGGUUUAUUAUAAAUAAUCUUCUCUACUGAAUGUUACUUGUAUCUACUGCCAUUUAUAUGAUGCCUUUGAUGUCUUUAUUGUAUUUUUAUUGUUUCUACCAGUUCCUGAUCACAUGACUUUAUCCUCAUAUCUGAUUGGUAGUUGCAGUUGUUGUGGGUAGCUCAGACACACACACACACACACACACACACACACUGAUGGUGUUAAUGACUUU